AUGUCACCAAUAACACGUAGCGUAACGAGUCCACAGCGUAUUUGCAAUCCAAAUUUCCCCACCCCCCAGGACUUGGACAGCGCCUAUCGCAUAUCCGCCCCACGCAUUCAAGAAGAUGCCAAAAAAUAUCUCGAGAUACUCCUGGACUUCGAGAAGGUCCGCGAACUCUAUAAUCCCUUCUCCGAAGAGUAUUGGUUUGUCAAUAACAUCGAUGCACUCAACCAAGUGGUCUACUACAAAAUGAAGAGAUGCUUAUUCCUAAGGUACAAACAACAAUUCGUCAAAGCUGGUAUAGAAUUAGAAUUCAUAAGGUCUCAAGGGAGUGGUAUAGGCUGUGGGAAGAUUGGCUGUGAAGAUGUUAAUUGUAGUGGUACGAAACUGGAAGACAGCUACCUUGGAGAUGAUGGAGAUGACAUGGAUAUGUUUUGUCCGAAUUCGACAAUGUUCAAUGCUAGUCGACAAAGUUCCGAGGUUUCCAGUUUCCGUUAUCAAGAUUCCGAAUUAUCUGAGCGUUCUGUUACCACCGAUAUAACCAAUAACUUGGUUAAAAGGUCAGCGAAACCAUCUAUUCCGCCUACGACGUUAACAUCGAUGGCAGUUUUUGAUCGCGGCAUUGGAUUUUCUCAUUUUGAUCCAUCGUAUUUCUUGGACGAGAAUCCUUGUAUCAAAAAGGACGAUUCCGCACAAACUAUUACUGGAGAUUACGAAGAAAGCUUACAGCCCAUUCAACUACUUCAUCCACAACAUCACAAUAAUAGGGCCCGAUUUAUACAAAACAUCCUUCGAUACAUAAAGUGCCAAUUCUCGAUUAAUUGGUUUCAUAAUUUGCCAAAAGAAAGAAUCUAUUAUUCUAUGUUGUUUUUGUUUAUGUUUGUGGCAGUGUUCUUUUUUUUUCAUUCUUUGGGGUUCAAGAGCGAACAUUAUUCCACAGGCAGUAUUGAGAGCAUUAACGAUGAAUUUUCAUCACAAUUUGAUAAUGGUGACGGAAUGCAAAAACAACGACAAAAGAUUUACAAGAUCCUGGACAAUGACAAGUUAGAUG